AUGGAGUUUUCAUGGAUUGCUGCCGCGAUGGUUGUCCUGUUGCUGCUUUGCGGUGGCAUCUACGGCAAAAAGUUCUAUCGCUCCGUGCGGCAGUGGCAGCAGAAGCAGGCAAGGCUGGACGCUAUCAACAAAGAGUAUGAAGCUUGGCAAUCUCUGAACAUCCAAGGUUCGGUUCAGGGCUGUUUAUCCCCAAGACUCGAUUUGUUUUUAACCGCUUGCGGUUUCAUUUGGGUCGAGGCAUUGGGAUUUGUGACUCAGGGUUUGCAACGAGCAGGAACGGUUGCCUUCGACAACCCUCUUUUGGGCACGAGCUGCUUACGAACCAGCAAUUCAUGUCGAUUCAGUGGGAAAUGGCUAGGUUCAUAG